AUUAAUGACACGUCUACAUUUUUGUUUAUUGCAAUAUGUUGACUCAAGAAAAAGACCAUACUGGUAAACUCAGUGGUGGUAUUGCCAUCCAGUCUUCUGCACCAAUCUAUGCGCAACGUCAACACAAGGUUCCUAGUCCAUCUAUAGCUGUCACUAAGGAACAGGCUUCUUUAUACCAUACACAUGAUGACCAUCAACACGCAAAUAAUCUUCAUCAUUCGCACGAUCACCAUAAUCACUCACAUGACCAACAUGAACACUCUCAUGAUUACUCUCAUCACCAUGCACAUGCUCAUGAUCACCAUGGAAAUACUCAUGAUCACGAUGAACAUAGUCAUGGUCACGAUGAGCAUAGUCAUGAUCACCAUGGACAUGCUCAUGAUCACCAUGCACACUCGCAUGAUCACCAUGGACACUCUCAUUCUUUUGCACCAGUUUAUACAAAGCCGUUGCCUUCUUGGAUUGAAGUAUUUUCUAACCUGUUGCCUAUGCAAAAGACCUUGUUUACUUGGUUCCUACUCCAUACUGGUAUUGGCAUAUGGCUUUAUUGUAUGGGAACCAGUCGAGAAAGCCUAUCCCUUGUGGGUUAUGCUUAUCUGAUGCUGUUUGAUGCAUUGGGUGUCUUGAAUUCGUUUGUAUCAGGCAUCUUGAGAACCAAUUCAGAAUUUGGUAUCUCAAAUACAAAGCGGCCUUUUGGGGCUCAUCGAUAUGAGAUUGUGUUUGCUUUAAGCACCACUAUUUAUCUUAUGUUUGCUACCAUGCAUAACACAAAAGAGUCUUUAGAACACUUUUUGUUACAAGAUCAUCAUAAUGGAGAAUUGCAUGAAAUAGAAGGACACCAUUUAAAAAUGGGAUUUGGCAUGUUCUUUUUGAUUGGUGCAGCUAUUUCUGCAACUUGUAUAUCUAGUGUCACCUUGCGCAAUCAUGAUAAUUUUGUCCGCUAUUUGAGGAGAAGACCUACUCAAGUACAUGGAUUCUCUUAUAACGUAGUCAAUCGAGGCGCAAGAUUAAGCCCUAUUCAUACCUUGUUAUCCAAUGUUUAUUCUUCAUCUAUUGUGCUGUGUGGCUCUAUUAUCUUAAUUGUCUAUAUGGUUGGUAUGGCUACACCUAUUGUUGACAAAAUAUUGGCAUUGUCUGAAUCUGUGGUUAUGUUUUAUUUGGGGUAUCCAACAGCCAAAGCAUUAGCCAAAGUCUUGUUGCAAACAACUCCCCAUACAGUACAGAAUGGUGUAGAGAACAGGCUUCGAGAGAUUCUACAAAACCCAAAUAUUCUUCAUGUGGAUCGUAUUCACUUUUGGCAAACUACCUAUGGAAAAUGUGUUGGUACUAUUCAAGUACAAAUUCAUCCUGAAGCAGACGAACAGGCUGUUCUUCAGUUUGUCUAUCAAAAACUACAAGGACUCACAAGUAACCAUGUUCAAACAGACGAUGAAGACUAUUAUAUGAACACACCUAGCAGUGAACUUACUGUCAGUAUUGUAAAAUAAAAUAAAAUAAAAUAGGUGUGACACAAAUAUA